GCCACCCAGAACCGUCCAGUAUCGAGAUUGUGCUCGACAGUGUCAGGUCACUCACUGUCAGACAGGGGAUAUUCGUCUGCAGACCGUAAGGAUUUAAGCGCAACAACAAGUGGAGAACAAGCUUUUUGGGGCGGAUUCGCUGUUUUGUGUGCGUUGUUUGGUUGUUUAAACGGGGUUGUAAAUGAAGAGCCGUUGGGUUACACCUCGUGUCCCUAAGGAAUACGGUCGGCGACUUGUUUGUCCUUAAUUAAGCUUCCUGACACGAGUGUACUGGAGCGUGAGUGAGUGUAAAUUUGUUUUACAUUUAACGUCCCAACUUGGUGGUGUGUGCUGUUACCUGUGAGUUCUUGUUAUCAUCCUUCAAGUGGCUCGUACGCAACUCCCUCCCUAGUUCGCCCUCUUACGUAACUGCGAUCUGCCCUCCUCGGUCUCGCAAUAGAGUCCAAGUGCAAGGACGCUUCGGGGAGCAAAAAGUUUAUCAAACCGUGAUAGCUGUGAGUGACAACGGAAACCCGUGACUACCGUGGUUUUGUGCUGUUCGAUAAGCCUAGAAUGUUCCUCGCUAACGUCCCAACGUUCGUCCGUACCGGUGCACCGUGAAACUAAUUAUACGUCCAUUAAUUAAUUACACCUCACUUAGCCUGCAAACAAAAACGGUGACCGUGUUCUGCUGGCCGAGUGCAACAGCCAUCCCCCUCAGCUGGUGUGCAGUGCGUCGAUGCUCCAUCCUAUCACUCUAACGGGUGCAAUUUGCAAGUGUCGUGCCGUAUCGUAAGCCCACGCGUAAGAGGCCGCGUGACCCACGGUCAGUUUUGGGGAAUCGCGAGACCGUUUUCGCUAGUAGAAAGUGAAGAAAACGCAAUUUUCACACGCGCUUAAUACCCGUUUAACAACGUUGUGUGCGAUGCGUGUGCGCCUGAGGUUUUCGGUGGAAAACCAACGUGAAAAUUAUGUGACCAUGUGAAAUAAUUGCUCACGGACCAGUGCCACGGGAUCAACAGUAAUCACCAAGCGGAUCGUCCGUUGACGCAACCAGCAUCUGCUGCUCGCGAUUCGACCGGCUAGCCCUAGCCAGGGCCAAACACACAUCAUCCCGCUCUCUUUUAUUAUAUUUAACACCUGCCGCGCGCCAAAUGAGCACGUGAUGCUGAUUAUACUGCUUUGCCUUUUGGGCACCACCAGUGCCUGGUACGAAACCAGCGCUUGGAGUACCUCCACCCGGCGCUAUUACACCACCCAGGACCAUCCAACCCAGCGACAAUGGACCGAACCGCACUUCGACCUCGGCAUGUCCCGCAACGUGACGGUGCGGGAGGGUGAAACGGCAUUCCUUACCUGUCGGGUGGAGAAUUUGGCCAAGUACAGCAUCUCCUGGGUGCGGCACCACGAUCUCCACAUACUGGCCAUCAACGCGGACACGUUCACGUCGGACGACCGGUUUCAGGCGCUGUACAACGCCCAGACCGAGGAAUGGACGCUGAAGAUAAGGCGGACGCGCAGGAAGGACACCGGUAUCUAUGAGUGCCAGAUAUCGACCAUGCCGGUGAAGAGUUUGCAGCUGUAUCUGAUUGUUCUCGACGAAUCGCAGCUAGUCAGACGACAGGACGACAUACUUUACGACAUUCCGCCAUCCUCCGGCGAGCAUUUGGAGGGUCAAAAGGCGACAGACGCCUACAAUCGGAUGUACGCAGACCGAGUUAAUGAUUAUCUCUUUCUAGUGACGACUACACAAAUCCUCGAAGGUACGAUCGUGUACGGCUACAAAGGCCAAAACGUCAAUCUCACCUGCAUCGUCAAUCACAACUACGACCGGCGCCCGAGUCACAUCGUAUGGUACCACCAAAAGGACAUCGUUGCCUACGAGUCACUGCGGAAGCGUGGACGAUCCUCCCUGAACAGCAUCACCUCGCAUCAUCUGAUACGGAACGCCGAGUUCGAUGACGCUGGAAAUUACACCUGCGCUCCCGAGCUGUACCCAAGCGCCAGCACGAUUGUACACAUCCUAGACGAUGAAGAAGCGCAAGAGUCUAACAGCUCCAACCGAAGACGGAUAGAUGUGCUGACGAGGUUACUUUGCGGGUUAAUUGUAGCACUGAGUGUACUGUACAGCCAUCGCGAUAGGAUGAGUUAGUAUACUGCAAAUGUUGGGUACGAAAACAAUAAUGUACAUAAUGUAAAUAAAAGACGAAAUAUCAUCACGAUCCUGGGUGUGAAAU